UCAACUAGAAUUGUAUACAUAACCUAUAAGUCUUCUUUCAUUUCGUGUUCUACUUAUUUAUUAAGUGAUUUUUAAAAAAAUGGUAGAACCGACGAUGUUUAACGUGUUUAAAACGGUGUUUUAUUACUCGAUUUUUAUAUUAUUAGCGCCGAUUUCCUCCUUUUUCUUAGCAAAAGUAUUCUUUUUUGAUGGGGUUUUGGGGACUUCUAAUGUUACUUCAAACGUUUGGUCUGCGGUUAUUGCGGUUGUCGUGCUUCAUAUUGCUUUAGGUCUUUAUAUUUAUAAGGCGUAUUCCGAUCAAGGCAAAACCAAACCUGAUAAAGAUGAUAAAAUGGAUUAAAAAUAUUUAUUUUUUGUUGGUA